AUGAGUUUGGCCCAGGCCGUGCCAAACUCUGUGCCUACCCGGAUUGAUUUGGAUCACCGACUGGCUCCCAAUAUGAAGCCGAGAUCUACCGUGCAAACAAUUUCAGAAGCCGAUAGUUUCUGGUUUGGAAGUUUUGAUGUUGGAGACUCUAAGAACCUGACUCUCCUCAUCGAUACCGGCUCUUCUGACGUUAUCGUCAAUCCUGGUCUGUACAAGAGAGGGCCUCAGUCUGUCGAUACUCACUCGACGUUCACCAACACCUACGGCACCACAGAAAGCGAUGGCUCUGGGACCGGAACAGUUACGGGUACACUAUACAAUGAUACCGUCAAGUUUGGUGCUGUCAUUGCACAUCAAACCAUUGGAUCUGCACAGCCUGGGGCGGACGGUGAGGUCCUCAUACCCGCCGAUGGCAUUGUGGGCUUUGCUGGCCUCGAGGUAUCUUCCUUCCAUGGCGCACCACCUUUCUUUCAUAGCCUGUGCGAUCAGGGGCAAGUGUUCCCCUGCCGAUUCGGUAUCACGUUAGAGGAAAACGGGAAGGGAAACUUGUUUCUAGGUGCUCUGGAUCAGUCAGUAUUCAAGGGGGAGCUGAGGACAACCUCUAUCAUUCAAGAGUGGGCACUUUAUGCCGAUAUAGCUCUCGACGGUAAGAUCAUCAAGAAAGAUGCGUUGGUAGAGCUAGAUACAGGAACUGCAACUGUGAUCGGUCCAGUUGAUGAUGUGAUUGCAAUUUUCAAGGCUGCAUCCAUACAAUACGUCGUUAAAACUUCCGAGGACUCUGGUACCUCUGUCACUGGAUACUUCCCUUGCGACAGACCGCCCACCCUGGGACUCUCGAUUCCUUCUCAGAGUAAUGUGACCGCUGCUACAAGGCUAAAGUCAAGGCUUGUUAGCCAUCAGAGCUCAAUCUUCAAUAUUGCACCGGACCAGUGGAUUUCUGCUGAUAACGGAAACAAUAAUUGUACGGCUAUCCUCUCUGGAACGGAUGCCUUUCCUAUUCCCGAUUUAUGGGUAGUUGGCCAACGUAAGGCUCCUUCCGGCUAG